UCAUUAAAAAAAUUAUAAUAAUAAUGUUGCAGUACCACAGAAAAGUCUAACAUUGAAUGAUUGCUAUAUGGUUAUAUCAUGGUAUUUAUAAUACCGUAGCUGUCAGUUAAUCCAUGUUAAAGAUUGUUUAUUAUGAAGUUAAUAAAAAUAAAAUAAUACUAUUGCUAAAAAUGUAUAUACACUAGCAUUGUAUUUGUCAAAGCACAUAUUAUUGUAGUAUAUCUCUAUAAAAUACAUAGGGUGCUCUGAAUUCUCAAUAUAUGUGCUUAUGUUGUUCUUUAAAAUAUUUAAUUUUACCCCAACCUUUCUUCUUAAAGCAAAUGACAGGCUUUACAGGCAUGUAAAUUUGAUACUAUAAACUUUUUUUUACUAAAAUGUUUCAAUAGAUAUCAUUGAUACUUUAAAAUGGCACAUCAAGUGAAAUAGAAGAACAGUAAUAAAUAUGUAGGCUAAUAUAUAUAUGCAGUAAGUAUAUUAUUAUUCACUUCUGCUUUUUUAUAAUUUAUUUCUAUUUUUAAUUCUUAUUACAGUCUUUCAGGCGGAUACAAGGUUCAUUUAUCAUUUCUGUUUGCAUAAUGACACAUCACUUCUCCUUGUUUGAACUUCCUCAAUUAUUUAAUGUUAGUUUCUGCACCAGCACUUUCAGAUGACCGGUUUUCUCUUCUCAUCUUAAAACAACUUUUAUCCUUGAGAUAAUGGAGCAGUAUGGAGGAAAACCGUGCCAGCGGCAUUAUGGGCUGGUUUCGUCAACAUUUUGGGAAACAAAGAAAUAAUUUGGACCAAUGUAAACGCUCUCAGAAAGACAUCCCAACAAUAAGCAAUUCCAGCUGCUCUUCUGCAAACUCUGAAUACACAUCCAGUGCAUCCUCAAAGUCCUCUUCAUUUCCCUCCCAAAAACCUCUGCCCACUGUUCUUUUCUCAACCUUCCGUUCAACUCUCAGAUACGACGUUUGUUUGUGUCACAGUGAUAAAGACAUCGAACAAGCACAAGGUUUGGUAUCCUUUCUAGAAGACCCUUCAAAAGGUCUGCGCUGUUACCUGCAGGAAAGAGAUUGUCCACUAGGUGGAGCUGUGUUUUCAGAGCUACUGCAGGCGUUGCAUGACAGCCACUGUUGGGUGUUACUCGUCACCCCAAACUUCCUGAAGGAUGACUGUUGCUCUUACCAAAUGCACCAGGCCCUGUCUGAAGGGCCCAUGUCACAGAGGAUCAUCCCAACUGUACUAAAUUUACCAAGAUCUGAGCUCCCACAGGAACUGCGCUUUGUUUUUAGUGUGGAUUUAAAUAGGAACAAAGAGUUUGGCUACAUCCAGAUCUACAACACUGUACUUAAUUACUUAACGGAAAGGCUUGAGAAGGAAGAGUCCUGCAAUGUGUCUCAGUCAGAUAACUGAGAAGAGCGUCAAUAUAAAGAUGUCAGUUACUUUUAAGUGUCAAGAUUAAGUUAAGUUCAUUGUAUCUUAGACCACAAUGACAAUAAUAUUCACUUCCAGGAAGUGACAUCCACACCAGCCAAGUUGUAUUGUUAAAUUCCCACACACUAUUUAAAGGUAUGACUUAAUAAUUUUCCCUCAUUAAUAAAGUUUACACAUAAACAAAUACACUCACAUGAGUCAUGAAAUCCAAAUUUCUAUGUAAAUGGUAUAAACUAUGUCACAUUCAAUUUAAUGCAGUCAUUUUGUUUUUUAUGUAAAACUUACGUUUGUUUUGCUUAUGUGGUGAACAGUAAAUAACAAGUGCACUUUUAAACUGGCACAUAUUUUGUAAAUAUUUAUGAUGUAAUGUGUAUGUGCAUGGUAUAUUAAUAUUGUCAGUACUGUUUGAGAUGUAAACAAUAUUAUUUUAUUUUGUUUAUCCUACUUGAGAGGUUAAGAAGGUUGUGUUUCUUGUGAAAUAUAUAGGCAUGGAUAGAGAAGAUCAAGCAUGAUGGAGCGUAUGCGAUCCGUUCUGAUUUUAGGUCAUAGUCAGAUUAAAUGAAAGACUUAUAUAACACAACCUACAAGCAACAAAUGAUUUUAACAACAUGGUUUUAAUAACGUGUCAAUCUUCUCUCAUUUUUUCAAGCAGCGUAAAGGCACUGCAGGUAUCAAAUACAUAGUAAUAAUUAUCUUUACUGUAAUGCAUAUGUCUGAAUAAUCACAUCAGUAUUAUACACUAUGCAGACUAUUGAUUGCUUUAAACCCAUAGAGGUCAUGAUGAUCUUAGCUUUCUGUCUGGUGUCAUCUAUGCUUGAUUCUGUGCCAGAUGAUUUGGAGUCAGAUGACUCAUAGCAUUGCAGUGGUUUUAGAAGGGCCUUAAGCCACAGUUAGAUGUGCCAUGUGAACCACUGGGACGCUUCAAAAAACUGUUGGUCUGGUUGCUAAGGCCAGAUUAAAUGUUCUGGGCAAACAACAUGGUAUAUGUAAUAAUUCCCGCUGGCAAAUAUUCCUCAAUACUGUGUCAUAAAAGCCAACUUUGAAUUGCUUUCCAUCCAUCGCUUUUCUCAAUUUUGGAUCAUCAUAGAAGACUAUUGUAUUUUGGUAUUCUGUAACGAACUGCCCUGCAGUUACACAGCCAAAAUUAGAGUUAAGCAUGUGCAUUAUUGCAAAGCCUUGCAUCAGUGGAUUUGAGAGAAAUAGAAAGAGCUAAAUUGUUGGGGGAUUAAACAAGAUUAUUCCGGAUUUAAUAAUAAACUGACUCUGAAAGACUGUUAUAAUGUU